GAUGAAAGGGGGGUAUAUAGGAGGUCCUGUGGGGCUGGCAGUAAUAGCGAUCAUAGCUCACCAUUGCAUGCAGCUCCUAUUGGAAACUAGUCGGCUGGUUGCCGUAGCGCAGGAGAGCUCAGCGGUGGGAAAAGCUGCGGCGAGUCAGAGAUUGUCGUUUGGAAUGCUCGGAAAACAUGUUAUCGGAAAGUGGGGGAAAGUUGUUGUUGAUUAUUCCCUUCUGGCGUCACAGAUGGGCUUUUGUGUUGCGUAUAUAAUAUUUAUAGCCGCUAACCUUUCGGACGUUAUCAAGCACGAGACGGGAAGCGAUUAUGUGUCACAACGAGUGUUGGCCAUUUGUUGCGUGUUGCUGCUGAUACCAAUAGCGUGGUUGAAGAACCUGAAAGCAUUGAAGAUUCCAACGUUGAUGGCGAAUUUAGCGCUCAUUGCUGGGAUCUUGUGGGUCUUCUAUUGCGCGGUUGUGCAUUUGCCUUAUACCGAAUUCUCGGAGCUUCACGUCGUCAAUUUGUACGAGUACCCUGUUUUCUUCGGUCUAGCGGUGUUCUCUUUCGAAGGCAUAGGAUUGGUGCUCCCCAUACAGCAGAGUAUGAAGGAGCCUGAGAAACUACCACACCUUCUCAAGAUCAUCAUGAUUUGUAUCACUAGUGGGUUCAUAGUAUUUGGCGUUACCUGUUACAUAUCCUAUGGCCCUGAUACCAAGUCGAUGAUCACUUUCAACCUCCCUGUACAUAAACUCACUUCUUUCCUGCGCCUAUUCUACUGUGUGGGUAUAUUUUUCACGUAUCCUAUCAUGAUGUUCCCGGUGUUCCAAUUGAUAGAGCACAAGUGGCAGGGGUUCUUCGCCUCCCAGGAGGAUGCUGGUCGUCGCCAUCAGAUGGUCUUCCGAGCAUGCUUGGUCCUCACUACGGGGGUUAUUGCUCUGAUGGGAAUGAACGUGCCCAACUUUGGCCUCUAUCUCUCUCUGAUUGGGAGUGUCUGUUGUACACUGCUGGCGUUCAUUCUACCGGCGUUAUUCCAUCUUAAUCGACCAGGGAAGAGAAUGGAAAAUGAUGAAGGGCGAAUUCGGGCAGAUCGAGUCGAUAAAAUCAUCAUCGCUUUCGGAGUUCUCGCGGGGCUGGUCAGUUUCUCAUUCACACUGAGAAGUUUCUUUACAGAAGAGCAAGAGGCCACAGCCAAGGUUGCGGCGUGAAAGAUACCAAAAUACGCACAGGGAAUUUUUUAU